AACUUGUAACGAUCCUCCUGCCUCAGCCUCCCGAAUGCUGGGAUUACAGGCGUGUGCCACCACGCCUGGCUGUUACAGUGGGCUUUUGAAAGAUCUACUGGAAAGUAAACAGAUGUGAUUAUGAUUAUUUGAACUGUGUGUCAGUAGAAAAGCACAAGACAAACCUGUUUGCUUUUAGUUUUCCAAGACACCUAAAACUAAAAUGUGUAAAUAAUUCUAUUCCCAUUGCCUUACGCAGUGUGUUUUUGACACCAAAAACAUAAGCAACAAAAGCAAAAAUUGACUAAUGUUUUUUCUUUCGUUCGGGCUAUUCCAAGCACCCCACCGGGCGACUUAAGCUGCAGAUGGUUAUUUAUCGCGGCUCUGGAGGCCGAAGUCCGGAGGAGGGCUCCGCCAGGGUCGGGCCUGGAGCUCGGCCUGCUGCUGGAGCGAGCGGGAGAAAGGAAAGGCGAGGAGAAUGCUCCCUGCGUCUCCCUCUUAGAAGGGCCGUGCUGGCGUGGAGGGCCUACCCCAAGCACGGGCUUUCCUCCCUGAGGCCCCGCCUGCAAACACCGCCACGUUGGGGAUCAGAGCUCAGGGCAGGGGCGGUGGGAGCCCGCAGACCUUUGCCCCGUGACACCCUUUUCCCGAGUCCACAAUUCACGGCCUUGUCCCGUGCCACACACGCUCUUUCCGCCCCAGCCCGGGCACCAUCUCUAAGGAAUCCUGACGUCCAGGGAGUCAUCCACUUCCCAGGUGAGGGAGGCUCACGCACAAGUCAGUCUGCAAAAUUCCUGCUCUCCAAGAGGGAAAGAGAAGGACGAGCCAAGCAGUUCUGGAGGCUGGAAAGUCCAAGAUCAAAGUGCUGGCAGAGGAGAACCUGGUUUCUCUGCUUCCGAGAUGGUGCCUUGAGUGUCGCUUCCUCAGAGGGAAGGAGCACCGUGUCUCACAUGGCACGGGGCAGAAGGACGCAAACCCACCCACGUGCUCUUCUGAUCGUGGAAUUAAUUCAUCAACCCAGACACUUCUCAUUAGGCCUCAACUUGCAACAUUCUUAUAUUGGUGAUUAAAUUUCCAACACAUGCGUUUUGGAGGGGACGAUAAUAUUUAAAUGACCUGACAGGCAGAUUUGGUGGCCCGUGUUUCAACUUAUGACAUACCUGUUCCUAUCGUACCUUCUAGAUGAACUGCCUCUUGCUGGUAUCUUCACUAGGUCCUACUUGUACCUCAAGCCAUAUUCAGUGCGUCCUCUGUAUUCACAGCCGCUCCUCCUUCUAGUUCUAACUUUGGCUUCUUGCUUGUAUCUAACCUCUGUCGUGACAAGCCGUGCUCUGCUGUGUCCGGUUAUAAUCCUGGCCUUGUGUGCGUCAGUUCCCUCAUGUGGAGUUCCCACCUUUCACUCCUGAGUCCUAUUCAUUGUCCAGGGUUCAGGCUCACGUCUUACCUCCUAAGUGAGACUCCGCAGAUGACUUUGCCCGCUUUGAUCUCUCUCUUCAUGACAUUGAUGGUUUCUGCACACAGCUCAUGACAGCUGUGUUCAUAUGUGCAGUACGUACUUGCUGUUCUUGCCUCUUUAUUUUGAUCAUAGACUUUGCCAAGGGGGAGCAAUGUCACAUUUCUUCUGCGUGUUGAAUCGCCCGUGGGAUGGUGUUAAACAGGCAGUGACAGUGAGUAAAAUAUGCUCACUGCGUCGUUCGGCGUUCUCUUUUGAUAUGUCCAUGCUCUUCAGAGACUUGCACUUACUCUUAUUCAAGGAAAUAGAGUCUAACUUGAUAUCUGUUGAAGAAAUAAAAGGAGAGUCUUUGUGUCCAUUGCAUAAUUCCUUUGAAGCUAUCUUCUCCUUUUUUUUUUGAGACAGGGUCUUAUUGUA